UUCCAGGACUUUAUUUCCUUACAUAUAGGACUGUUGGGCUGAAUUACACAUGCUGUCUGAACACGUUACUGAUUGCAGCUGUGCUUUGUAAUUGUCGCCCCCAAACAUUUGGAUUAAGACAGGAUCUGACAUAGACUGACACAUCAAGAUACAGAUAUACAUAUCGACAGAAUGGCGUCCUAUUUUUCCAGUGUUGCCCUCCUUGUCUUGCUGGCAGCGGUGCUGCCUUGUGUCCACGCUUUCCCUUCCGGGGCUCCAGCCACAGCCUGCGAGUCAUUGACUCCCGGACACAGGGGUCAGUUGCCGCAAACAAGUGCUCCACCAUUUGCUGUGAGACUCGAGAAAAACACAUACUCGCCCAACGAGCAGAUAGCAGUGACUCUCUACUCCGCUUGUAACAACGAGAUAUUCCAGGGAUUCAUGGUUCAAGUCCGUGCCGUUGGAUCCACUGCACCGGUGGGUUUCUUCACGAACGCCCCACAGACAAGAAAUGUGCCUGGUUGCGGAUCAUUUAAUCAGGCAAUGACACAUACAGGGUCCAGCGAGAAAACGGAAGUUGCCCUGCAGUGGAUAGCUCCUGAUCAGUCCGUCGGUGAUGUCGUCGUUUUCGCAACUUUUCUGAGGAACUACCAAACGUUCUGGGUAAUGGUUGCCUCCGCCGUCAUUAGAGAUGCUUCCAGACCGUCUGGGGGACCCAGUGUGAGCAGUGAAUAUCCCACAAGAACUGUUUGCCAGACUGCAAUUCCUCCUCCGCAACCAACUAGACCACCGACACGAACAACAACAACAACAACAGCAACCACCACCACCACCACCACAACAACAACUCCAGCCCCUACACCGCGAAGAAUCUUUACGCCGCCGUUGCCACCUGUCACUACGGUGAGACCACAGAAGGAGGGAACAACCACUCUGCCGACUGUGAGUAAAGAAGCAAACUUCCCCGGCAACAGGACUGUACAAUCUAGCACCGUAAGUGUCUUGUCUCAGCGACCGGUGAUACUUAUUGUAUGCUGCGUUAUUUUCUCGUUUGGUACAUUGUCAUAAAUCAGAGUGAUGGUAUCCAUAUUGGUACUAGGUAUAAUGCCGAUUCGCUCAUUUUGCCAGUAAAAAGAAAGGUCAGUUUCUCCCUGAAUCCACUCUAUGUUUACUAUAUGCCGGGAAAUUAUUUCCUAUUUUUCCUUACUCAAAUUUUGUUCGUGAUACAAUUUAUGCAUUGCCAUUUUUGCCACAAAUAGUAUAGUGAGUUUUGCCUACAUACAAAUCAAACCAUUUUGCUCACACUGAAAAAUAAAUCUUUAAAAUAAAGUCUGUGGUGAUGCUGGAAAGUAUUGUUGUUAUUAUAAAAUGAUUAUAUGUAAUAUUCAACAUAAUAUCCUUUCAAAAGAAUCUUUAUAUUUAAGUAAUACCAUAGUUCUGCUGUAGGCUAUUUAACACUAUGAUCUGGUCCAGAAGAUGAACACAUUCUAGCAUCACUUUUUAUAUCACAACAGAUAUUUUCUGAGUGUACAGAAUUACACCACUUUGUGUUCAUAGGAAGUUUCCUUAUCGUUUUUAUUGUUUUUUGUAUGUUCUUUAGAUUUUAUUCUGUAGUUGUUCUUUAGUUGUUAUAAGUAUAUAAGUUAACAAUAUAUAUGCCUACAUCUUCUUUGGUGUUUAUUGUACCCCCAUAAUUAUACUUUAACUAAGGUUAUGAGGCUAUAUGCCACUCAAGGCUACUUAUCUUAUGUCUAUAAACAUAUUACAUUAUGCCUAUGUUAUUUCGACCCGACGGAGGGGUCAUUCAAGAACGACAAUUAUUUCACAAGAACUGUUCACCAGACCACCAGGCCCGGACCCACCAUUUCCCCUCCGCAACCAACUCGACCACCGGCACCAACAACAACAACUACCACAACAGCAGCAACAACAACAACUACCGCUCCUACACCACAAAGAACACCGGAACUAACACCGACCACGACGGUGAGAGCAAGGAGUGAGGCAAUAACCAGUUCGCCGACAGUGCGUCAAGGUCCGAACGUUCACGGCAAUAUACAAUCUGGCAUUGUAAGUCUGUUGUCGAACUGUCCGUUGAUGCUUACUGUAUGCUUGUGUGGCAUUGUUUUGUCGCUCGGUCUAUUUUCUUAAAUCUUUCUCUUUUUUAUUGAUUUUUUUCCUGUAAAGUUUAUAAUAUACCUACAUGUACAUCUCCUAUGAUAUUUCUUACACGCGUAUUGUUUUUUUUAGAAUUUCGCCUUUGCCAAGGUAUACCUGUUUGCUGUUUUUACAUAUUACAUUUCCUAUUACGUUGUGAUAUUUUUGUCUUCAGAGAUGUUAUAAAGGUUUGAGAUACAUAUACUUUUGCAACAGUUUCGGCAGUAUAUUUUAAUAUAACGUGGGUCUGUUUUGCACGGUAAUGUCGUAUUGUACAUUUUUUUCACCGAUUAUAUGGUGAUAAAAACCGGUGCAUGUACGUUUGUGUCUUGUUUAGAUCGGAGAUGUAUAAGCUUACGGCUGUCUUGUUUUUCAAGCUUAUUACUUUUAGAGAUUUUCACGAACACGUUUAAAGGAACAUCUUCUCUUCUGUUUGUUUCUAUUCAAAGAUAUGGUAAAAUUUCUAUUGUCAUCCUAAUGAGAAAUAAACAAGACGACAUCCAAACAUUG